ACGGAGAAAAGUCUCUUCCCGCUUUAAGGUCCGUUACUACCGGCCAUUUGUGUUUCGUGUUCAAAUUCAAAAGGUGACAAAAGGGGGCGUCCCCAUCCCUUUAAAAGCGCGGCUUCGCGUUUGAAUUAAACUUUCCAUAGUUGAUAUCCGCAUAUGAUAUCUAUGACUCUUUUUCCCUCAGUGCCGUAGCAGGCUUCGACAUAUUGGGGGAGCACAAUACAAACAAUCAAAAAGAUAUUUGGGGGCCUCCCUCUAUCCUUCCCUAAUUUGAACUUUUCGCAUAUGAUAUCUAUGACUCGCCCUCCCCAUAUCCUCUCUUAAAUUAAACUUUUUUGAAUAUGAUAUCUAUGAAUAUCCCUUCGCGGUUAAAGAACAGCGAAAGGUGUUAUAAGUCAUCACUUGUUGUUCUUCGCGUAUAUCUUCUAUAUGGCCCAUCUUGUAUAACCAGACAAUUCCUUAUUGACUAUUUAUAGCGGUAUCCACCAAUAUCCAUUGGCCACACAAAGGCACUCAAAUGCGUGUUUGAACAAGAUCACAUAAUGGAAUUUGCUUUAGAAGCAAAACGCUAUACAAGUAUGCCCAUAUAGAAAUGAUGCCACAUAAGCGCAUGACCAUAUACGGAAGUACUUCCGUCAUGUGAGUCCAGGGGGCAGGACGGGGGAAUCCCCACUUAAGCAAUGUCUUCCUUUAAAACGAAUAAAUCAUUCUGUGUGCGCCAUUGCUCAUUGAAUAACUGCAUCCACAAGGCGAGGGUCGGAUGCCAGACUUAGACAUCAUGAGCAGCCAACUGCAGCGUACAAUCACAGACCUGAACGACCUGACACUCAGAUACCAAGAAGUGCUGAAAGAGAGACGGGACCUCGAAAACAAGCUCGACCAAGCUGAGAGCGACUUGGAGGUCAAGCACAAGCGAGUGGAAGAGCUAGAAAGACAGAAAUCCGAGACAACCACCGAGUUCCUCCAAGCGUACAAUUUCGCUAACACUGCCAAGGAAUCCGUGGUUCAACAGUUACAGCGACUUCAUCGAGACCUACAAGAGCGAAAUUCGUACAUUAUUGCUCUUCAGAUGAAACUGUUGUCGUCUCAGGAGAGGAUUGACAGUUUAAAAGGCCAGCUGGCGGAGACACAAGCCAAGGCGGACGGAUUAGAACAACAACUGAGCGAGGUUACCAGAAAUUAUGACCAUCAGAGACGAGAGUCCAUAAAGCUAUGUGAGCGACUCGAGACACAUAAAACAGAGAUCCAACGAUCGGCGGAGCUCAAACAGAAGCUUCGUGAGACUCAGUUCAACUGGCAAAAGGCGAAGGCCGAUUGUGAAAAACUGGCUCAGGAAUUAAACGAGUUGAAAGACUGGUGUGAGGUACUCAACUCACGCUAUGACAUCGUCGAGACAGAGAAGAACCAGAUACAGGAAAGCCACGAGUCGAAGGCCGCUGAGAACUCUAAUCUGCGACGCCGCAUUGACGAGUUAGAGCUGCGCAUAUCUCUGGCGGGGAGAGAGACGGAGGAACUCAAGAAAGCCAAGACGGACAUGGAGGAGACCCUCAAGAAACUGAAGGAGCAGAGGGACAGCUUUGCCGAAUACAGGAAAGAAGCAUUAAGCGAACGAGAUGCAGCACGUAUCGAGAGAGACGAAGCCGUACGGAAAUACAACGAACUGCUGACGAGUCGAGACGAGACCAUCACGAAACAUGCUGAGCAUAGUCGGCACUUUGAGAUGCAAUCGGAAAAGGCUACGGAAGAAAUCCGAGAGCUGCACCGACGACUCGCCGAGUGUGAGUUGGAAAAUCAGGAGCUUUACCGACGACUGGACGAGGAAGACGAGAAAGAAGAUACGGAGCCGGAUGGGUCAAUGCUCCUUGUCCCUGGUAACCCUGUGGAUUGCUCAACAUGUCCUGACAACGGGCCUAUCAACAAGGCCUCCUUUAACUGGAAAGAACGUCGACAAACAACUAACAUCAUCGAGAGCAUGAAAAAGCGAUUGAACCGGAACCCGGGUAUGAAAAGACAGGAGCCUGUGGCGUAUCCUACCAGCGACACGGAUAUAGGCUAUGAAAACCUUGACAAGAGGCUUGAAGAGCUAGUUCCUGAAAUGGCUCAGUUAUCGGUGCAAACUAAGCAGUGCCUAAGCCUGGAAAGAAACAAGUAUCUCUUUAAGUCGCCUCCCCAGUUCGAACAACUCGCACACAUGUUCGAGUCGUCAAUUUGUAGUCCCCCUUCUUCGCUAGUUGAUGGAGGAGAUCUUAGCAAGUCGUUGUCGUCCGGGGAUUUUUCCAUUAGCAAUGCUCUUAGUUCCACCACAAGCACUGACAGUGGAAUAGGGAGCUAUCAACAGCAGUCAAGUAUGGAAUCAGACGGGAGCUAUCGACAGCAGUCAAGUAUGGAAUCAGACGCAUUUGAGGCGGAAGCUACCGACGCCCCGAUUGCGGUAAAAUCUCCUAAGAAACCGCCCUUUCUGAAAAGUUAUUCCACCCCUUCCAGCAUCUUCCAUGAAGUGCAUGGUCUAUAUUUGGACCCUGCAAAAGGGAGAAGUAACGCGAUCAAGGUUAAAGGGAAACGCUAUAAUAAUAAAGCAUUAAUACUGGGGGAUGAUUAUGGUGACGAUCAUGAUGUAGAAGAGGAGGUCAAGCGAGCUCUUGAAUCGCCCUCUAUCGCCAAGCAUCCAUUCAGGGAUCGUGCCCAGGCUUUUCACUUCACGGAUAGGCGCACGUCCCUCCCUCUAAUGGAGACGACGGAGCCUACCGCUGAAUCAGGAGAGAACAAAAAAGAUCGCUCAAGUACCAUACAGUGAUAGCCGGAAGCUCGUGCAGCAAUGCUGGCGAAGUCUCGCUCGGAUGACCACAAGACAAAUGGAAUGCUGACGAACUUCUCCAUAGCACUUCCGAACAUGGUGUUCAAACAGCGCCUAGCUAGGAGCUAGGCCUGCGUCUCGCUGUUUGAACGGGGCUUUAUGUCUUGUGGUCAACCGAGCGAGUGGCGCCAGUAUUAUGGACCUCAGGGACGCGAAAGCGUAGAACGCCGCGGACGUUAGAUUUACGCGCGCGCGGUUCUCGACGUUCUAACUACGCUUUCAACGACGCUAAAAGCCUAAGCUAGCUACUUGCGCUGUUUGUACGAAGAUUUAGUGCGCCGGCUGUAAAAGAGAUUUAGCUACAUAGUAGCAAGAAGAAUUUUAUUUCUGUAAUAUUAUUUGUGUGGACAUAUUUUCUUCCGAGUGUCGGUAAGAUACUUGCGAUAAGAAAUCACGUGACUUUUUGAGUGGCAAACAGGCCAAAAUAAACACAGAUAUAACCACGGUUGUCGCACCAGAGGGCGACGUGGGCGACGAAAAAAAGUAUAAAAUAUUUUAAUUAAAAUAUAUAGUCCCUUUCUUACUUAGAAAGUUUUUGUUGCUGUUAAUUUGCCGUCUGGGCGCGAUCGAGUUUUCCCAAAGAGUCACGUGAUUUCUUUGCGAGUAACGUGAUUUGUAAAUGCAAGUCACGAGUGAUUUCUUAGUGAAUAGCUUGUUCCUACUUGACUGAGAGCUAGCUAAUAGUUUAUUAAGUUAUAGUAUUAGUUUGUGCAUUAUUUAUAAUCUUAAAGUCAAAUAAUGUGCGCUACAAACUCGUUCUUGGCGCACAUGUCUCGAUAUGACACACAUGUCAUGAUCUAGUGAACGCAGAUACGAGAACAUGAAGUACUUUCACUCUUUGAGUGAUGAAUGUAAAAUGUCAACAUACAUAUCAAUAAAGCUUUACUCUUAAA